UUUUAUGUUUUGUAUGUAAAAUGUUAAUCUGCAGAGUAACUAAUUAAAUAGCAUUUCUUUUUGAAAUGUUUUUAUAUAGUAUAUCUCUGAGAAAUACUCUUACUUUGGCCCUGUCCGCCCCUAGCAAACAUAAAUAAGGCAUCUCUGGCAAUGUUACAUUUUUAAUGCAACAUCUCCCCUGCUGAGCAGCUCACAGUGGCCAUUCAAAUGUUGUAGGUCUCCAUAACCACAGCACCUGGAAACACCCUGUCAGGAUCAACUCUGCUGCUGCACAGAUAAAGACAACACCUGAUAACCCAACGUUCUAAUUGUUAUACAUGCAGGCUCAAAUUUUGGAUCCACAGUUGUCAGUUAUGCUUUUCAGCGAGCCAUCCAUGAAGUGAAGUGUCAUCUGGAAAUAGGAAGGUUUUCAUUAUACCGAAAACAAGUAUAGCAAGAUACCGAAACAGUGGUCACCAAUGGCAACCAAAGAAGGCAAACAGUGGUGGGAUCCGUAUGAAACGUCUAAUAGAAGACAAUUCAUCUAUCGACCAAACUCAGCUGCUGAAAUUCUGCUGUGCCCAGUGUCAACUUCAUUUAUAGACUCUUAUUCACAGUCUGGACCUUUUGGUUCAACUGUAUACAACAAGGAUUUUUGCUGGCAGCCAGGCUGUAAACCUGAAUGCAUUCACACAGGAACUGCCUUGGGGCAAAGGAGAAACAACCCGCAUCCCAGUCAGUCUUUCAUGAUGUGGAGGCUGCCUAGGGACGCUGCACGAAGCUCUGAGUAUGUCAGCUUCCCUUGGAAAUGUCCUCCAUCUGAGAGGGAGAUUCGUAAGGCCUUGACAGCACAGUACCGCUCCAUCUACAGAUGUGACUUCAUGGGUAUGCCUCAAGGAAGAAGAUUUACUGUGCACAGCAGGCACGAAGGGCCGCUGCUAUCUACUGACACAGAGAUGAGGGACAAUUACCGCCAGCCAAAGCAAAAACCUGAACUGCUGGUGAAUCAGUCUCACCACAGCUGCAACACAGGUCCUAACAUGGCCUGUUGUGGUAUAGUUCCAACUGUUGUGCAAAGGCACGCUCAGCAGAAAAGAUCAGAUUUGACAAACUAUGACAGGUUUUGUGGGAAAAGAGUCAAUGAUGUCACAUGUGUGAUAAAGUCUCUGCUGCCUCAGGAGCUGCAGCAGUUACACAGAAUUUUACCUGAGGAGGGCAAGUAUCAACUUAUGUCUUUGAAUGUUGAAGCAUUUUAAUACUGAUUUUGAUUUGACAGACAGGGCAUUCAUGUUAUUUUUGCUUUUUGCUUUUCAGAAAGGGAGGCCAUUAAAACAGUUUUGAGUGAAGAUUGUCCAAACAGCAGGGAGAAGGUGAAUAAACUCCCAGCAGUUGAGCUUCAUCCCUGCUCUCCAGAGUGGAUAUCGAGCUGGCCAGGACCUCUCUGAACCUUACUGCUACAGUAGUUAGUUUAUUAGGGUCCAGGCAGCACUACUGUAAUCCUAGGUAUUCUUCUUCUUAUUCUUCUGAGGAAAUCAUACUUCCCAUGGGUGAAAACUUACCAAACUUUGCACAAAGGUCCAGUCUCAUGCCAGAUAUCCUCAGCUGUAAACUCAAGCCAAUAGUCCUGAUGGUGGCGCUACAGCAAGCGUGGGAAGUUCAAAACUUUGAAAAUUCAUAACAAAUCAACCAUAUGUGCUACGACUUCACAACUUUCAUCAAACUGUAGCCCCAACACUGAAGAAACUUUUGUACACUUAAACCUAUUAAAAAUUAUGAAGUUCAUCACUGUUUUUUUCAAAAACUGUAAAACUUCUUAAACCUAUCUCUUCCCACAAUUUUUGCUCAAUUGACACCAAACUUGCUACAGAGCAUCUUCAGACUGUCCUACAAAAACUACGUUUCUCAGAUUUUUGAUUUAUCAAAAAUUGAGCCUACAGUGCAUCAAAAUGUUUGACUGUAAACAGUACUGUAAACAUAUACAUGCAAAUUCUUGCUAAAUAAAUCUUCAAUGUUCAUGAAAAAAAUGACAAAAUUCUAGAGUCAUGGUAGAUGACGUGUGGCAAAUUUCAGAAUUUUAUCUCAAAAACUGAUUUUUUGACAGUAUUUUGAAUUUUGCUCUAAUUUGAACAAUUGGAGUCAGUGUAAAAAUAGCAAUUUUAAACAUAAGUUUUUCACUUAUGAAGCAAAUCAAUCGUUGUUAAAAUAAAUUACCAGCAUCUCCAUGCUGUCUAGAUGCAAUGCGUAUUUUAAGAUUUUUGUUUCGAUAACUGAAUUUUUUUUACAGUGGUUUGAAAUCUGCCUUUCCAUGCAUGGAUGGCUGCUAAACCUGCACGUCUGGCUUAGUCAGUUUGUGAAGCUACACAUGAAUUCUCACUGACUAAUUAGCUCAGUGAGAUAGAAAUUGAUUCUUAGUCUCAGAGGUUGAGUUCAAGCCUCAGCUGAUGCAAAAGGCAGAUUGUGUUGCUAAAUUCCUAAAUGUCUUCCAAUUCUUCUGCUUGUUGCUCAGAAUUGCCUAAAAAUGCCUGGACCCAACCCAUCGCUGCGCAGAAGCUAUAAUCUGUCUUUGAGUUUUGUGUUUUUCAUGUAGUUUCUUGUCAUAGUAGGGAUAAAAAAUGUAAUAAUUGAUACAAUACACUGCAAAUUAAAAGU